UCGUGGAUGUGCUAGCUUCCAACAAGCUCGACGGACUUGUCAGGUUGGACGCUCGGUUGGGUAGAUACAUCCAACUCCAACAGCGCGCCCAACAUGUUGGGACAUGUUCGACCGUGGAUGGAUGAACGUCAAGCAAAUCACCUGACACAGCCGCAUGUGCCUUCAGUAGAAACAAUUUAUAUAGUUUGUUUCGUGUUCUGUAUGUAUAGGUUUAAAACUAGUCUUCGUUUUUAAUUUCAAAAUGACGAGUGACAACAAACAAUUCUGGACAGAAUUUAUAGAAUUGUAUAGAGAACACCGCGCGUUAUGGGAUAUAAGAAGUAAAAAUUAUUGUAACAAGCACAUAAGGAAAGAAGGGUAUGCUGCAUUAGUUGAGAAAGCAAAGGAAGUAUUUCCAGAAAGCGACGAAAAGUUCGUGAAAAGUAAAAUAGAAUCUAUGAGAGCUUCCUUUCGGAGAGAAAGUAAGAAAAAAGAAAAAUCGAAAAGCAAAACCGGCAGUGCCCAAGAUGAAGUAUACGAACCGACGCUGUGGUACUAUGACCUCAUGUCAUUUAUUAGUGACCAAGAAAUCGCAAGAAAAGGUAUCUCCUCGUUGGUAAAUACAAGCAGCGUUGAGGUAUCGCAGCAAAAUGCAGACGAGCAUGACAGUGAAGACGAGGACAUAGAAGUUCAAAGAGAAAAGGCCAGUGAGAUUAACGAUGCGUCCAGCGUAUUUGAAGAUGCAAAUUCGUCAACGAACACAAGCCGUCCACAUUCCGCUAUCAGUGAUGUAGCAACACCACGUACAUCAUCUUCACGCACACCGGUACAAUGCAGGAAGAGGAAGUCCGUGAAUGAAUUUGAGAAGAAAAAAGAAAAUUUCUUGGAUGUGGCAACCUCUGUACUAACCCAAGACUCAUCAUUUAGAGCAUUCGGAAAUAACGUAUCCUUUCAGCUACAGGACAUGGAUCGCCGUCAACGGGUGAUAGCUGAGAAACUGAUAUCAGACGUUCUCUUUCACGGAAAACUAGGCAAUUUAAAAGACCAUUCUACAAUCGUUAUACAAGAAAAAAUCCAGCAGCCUAAUAAUCCUACUCAUAACAAUUCAAACUUUAUGAACAGGCAUACCCAGUCUCAACCUUACCGUUCAGACUUCUAUUAUAAUCGCCCUCAUAUCGAUGUUCACCCUUCAUACGCACACAACUUCGAUGGAUCAGCCGAUUUUCCGCACCAACAUUACAGCAAUGACCCUCACCUAUAUUUUUCUCAAGGAACAACCAGAGUGUCUACGUUACCGUCAUCUGUUGUUGUUACAUCAACCUUAAUGUCAACCUGUCAUCCACCUGCAUCUACAUACACACACGGUUCAGACGCACCAAAUGCAUUGAAAGCAAAUACUUCAAAUAGUCACUCCACAGGAUUUGGAAGUUUUUCAUCCCCCGCUUCGGUUGAAAGAAGCAACAAUCCAGACGAGAGACUAGAAAUAGGGCAGUUUCUGCUACUACCUGAUGCUGGAAGUGCUGAGCAGUGA